AUGUUUUCGUUCCUUGCAACGACAACGGCUCUAUCCAACACGUUGCUCAAUCUCAUGUUCUAUCCUGAGGCUCAACGAGAGAUCCUCGCCGAGGUCCAGCAGGUCCUGGAUAACCGGUCGUUCCAGGACCUGCGGCAAGCAGACCUGAUCGAGUUGAAAAAGCUUGACUCGUUCAUCAAAGAGACACAGCGCCUAGCACCACCCUCAUCGCUGGCAGUCACCCGAGAAAUUAUAGCACCAGACGGCUUCACGCUGUCGAACGGUCUGCAUCUUCCUCAGGGAAGCUAUGGAGCUGUGGCAGCGAAGGCGAUCAUGCACGACCCUGAUAUCUGGGGUGAUCCCGACAAGUUUGAUGCUAUGCGCUUUUACAAGCUUCGUCAGCGACCAGGACAUAACAACAUGCACCAAUUUGUGGGCCAGUCUGAUCUGGACGUCAACUUUGGAGCCGAAAAUCAAGCAUGUCCUGGUCGGUUCCUCGUUAGCUAUGAACUCAAAAUUUUGGUCGCCUACCUAUUGCUCAACUAUGACAUGAAGCUCGCGGACGAUUCCAAGACAGCAAUUGGGUCAGAUACCCUUGGAGCGAAGCCGAACCUCAAGAUCGGUUUUCGCAAGAAGCAGAUACGUCUCAACUAG